AAUUGUACUUUUAGUUUUGCUUUUCAUUGAAGCUAUUAUAAAACCCAUUCAGACGCAGAUUCAGAACGACUGUGGCCAACUUUGAAACACCUACACGCGUCUGCACACACUGCACAAGCCUGGAACUCGUCCAUUAUCAUCAACCAAGCUGUCAAAGGCAGCGCCCAUUCGCGUCUCUUCGUUCUCCCUGAUGUCUGUGAAUACUUCCUGGUCCAAAGUUGUGUGUACACAAAUCAAAGUCAAUUGAGAAUGAAGUCGGAUGGUGAAGUCACGUCAGGGAAAUACACUUCAACGGACAAACAAACACAGACACUUCUCUAACUGAGGGACAGAGAAGAGAAGUUCAAUAGCCUAUAUAAUUCAUUCUUCAGUGUUGACGCUUCGCAAACAUGAUACGAACAGAUGAACAUCAUUCAUGCAAAGGAACCCCGAAGUGUCAUUCUGACCAGAAACAACUGCAAAGCAACAGUAUGAAAAAUGGAUAUCACAAAAAAGAAAAGGUGCAGAAAAAUGGCAAGGGAGACGGUUUUCAUCAACCUCGUGUUAGGGGUGAAGAUUCAUUUGAGGAGGCCCCCAUGUAUGUAGCUGUCCUGACAUACAUGGGUUAUGGAAUUGUCAUUCUUUUUGGCUAUUUUAGGGAUUUCUUAAGAGCGGUUGGCUUCGAGAAGUGCCAUCAGGCCCAGGAGAGAGAAGAGCAAAAGGACUUUGUUCCUCUGUACCAAGAUUUUGAAAACUUUUACAAACGGAACCUGUACACGAGGGUCAGGGAUAACUGGAACCGGCCUAUAUGCAGUUUACCUGGUCCGGUUUUUGACGUCAUGGAAAGGGUCUCAGAUGAUUACAACUGGACUUUUAGGUUAACAGGGAGAACCAUUGAGAAUGUCAUAAACAUGGGCUCCUACAACUACCUGGGUUUCGCUGAAAACAAUGUCGACUUCCUGAAAACUGUGGCAGAGGAGACCAGGCAGUAUGGGGUGGGCGUCUGCAGCACAAGACAGGAACUAGGCAAUUUAAGCACCCAUGAAAAACUGGAGCGACUUGUGGCAGAGUUCUUGGGGGUGGAGUCUGCCAUGACGUUUGGAAUGGGAUUCGCCACCAAUUCCAUGAACAUUCCGGCACUAGUCGGAAAGGGCUGCCUGAUUCUGAGCGAUGAGCUAAAUCACACAUCCCUCAUUCUGGGAGCCAGGUUGUCUGGGGCCACCAUUCGAGUCUUCAAGCACAACAACAUGCAGAGUCUAGAAAAAAUGCUAAAGGAUGCAAUUUGCUCUGGUCAACCUCGUACCCAUCGCGCCUGGAAGAAGAUCCUCAUCAUGGUGGAGGGCAUUUACAGUAUGGAAGGCUCUCUAGUCCGGUUGCCGGAGAUCUUAGCGCUAAAGAAGAAGUACAAGGCUUAUCUGUACCUCGACGAGGCCCACAGCAUCGGGGCCGUGGGGCCCACGGGACGGGGGGUUACAGAAUAUUUUGGGGUGGAUCCCAAUGAAGUGGACGUUCUAAUGGGCACCUUCACUAAGAGCUUCGGGGCUGCUGGCGGGUACAUAGCUGGGAAAAAGGAGUUGGUGGAUUAUUUGCGGAGUCACUCUCACAGUGCCGUGUACGCUACAGCCAUGUCCCCACCUGUCGUAGAGCAGAUCAUCAGGGCAAUUAAAUGCAUCAUGGGUGUCGAUGGAACAACAGAAGGCCAGCGAAGAGUUCGGCAGCUGGCUGAGAACACACGCUACUUAAGAUCUCGGCUGAAGGAGAUGGGCUUCAUCAUUUACGGCAACCAGGACUCUCCAGUGGUACCACUCCUGCUCUAUCUACCUGGAAAAGUUGGGGCGUUCUCAAGAGCCAUGUUGAAGAGGAAGAUCGGUGUUGUAGUUGUAGGUUUCCCGGCUACACCUAUUACAGAGGCCAGGGCUCGCUUCUGUGUGUCUGCCGCCCACACCAGAGAAAUGCUCGAUAAGGUUCUCCAGAGCCUUGAUGAACUUGGAGACGACAUCAAGUUGAAGUUCUCCAGGCACAGAUCUUCCUAUCGGCCAGAACUGUAUGAUGAAACAGACUUUGAGCUGGACAGCUAAUCACUCAUCAUCAUCACUGUGAGUGUGAAGGCUUGUCCAGAGACUGCCAAGGUGUGAAUGCCUUGGUGGUUUUUAGAAGAAACAGUGUCCUGCAAUACCACACAGGACUGUUCUGCUCCCCCUACCAAAAAAAAAAAGUUUUUUUGCAGUGUUUAUCACUUUUUCAGGUGUGUUUCACUAUGAGGCAUUGACUUUUACAUGUAUAUUUUGUAAAAAAUUAUAUUUUAUCGUUUUUUUUUUUUAAUCUGCUGUUUCUCAGUUUUGAGAAGUUUGUUAAAUGAUUUUGUCCUCAGGGGAUUGAUUGGAAAAGGGCCGUGUUUCUAGAAUGUAUAUCAAAAGCUGAUCUACAUAUAUCAAACAGUUAACUCCCUUAACACUGACCUACAUCAAAACUAGCUGUGGAUAAUAAAUCCUGUUGUUUUUUUUUUUUUGUCCUGCUGCUAAAAUGGACUGAUGAAAGACCAUGCUGUGCUGUAUUAUGUGUAUGUGUGAUCCACAACUACAUUGACUGAAAGAGACUGAACAAGGCUGGGCGUUUCAGACCCAGUGCAAGUCAUUCACAGUCACUAAACAUGCACACAUAGCAGCUAUCAGCUCCAAGUCCUUCAAAUUUACACUGACAUGGAUUAAUUUGUAUUUCAUGUGCAGGAAACUACUUCUGAUUUAAAAAAUAAUAAUUAUAAUUAUAAUAAAAAACAUUUAUAAACUGGU